CCGCCUCCUCUAAUCCUCCCUAUCGCUGGUCGAACUUGCAGUACAUAAAAUCUCUGUCUCUGGUACGAUGGUGGUGACUCGAAAGGAACCCAUUGCGCCCCCGACGCCGUCCUCGCGCACGAAUUCGUCGCAGCCGCUGCCGAGGGUCGCGAAGGGCAAGUCUCCUGCGAAUGGGGCGGCGGCGGUGGACGCUACGGGGUCGUCGAGCGUGACGCAGCCCGUGGGAUUGGACCAGUCGGACGACGGUUCUGGCGAUAAAUCCCAGAAGUCGAAGAGCAAGUCCAAAAAUAAGAAGGCUGCCAAAAAACAACGCAAAGCCCGCAAUUCCUUCUUCGCCCUCAUCCGUGAUAUCUUAUUUGGAGUCCUUCUAAUUUAUUCGCUUUUUGUUUGCUCUCCUGAUAAACCAGUCACGCCCGAUUCCCAUCCUAUCUGUCGCGCCCUCUCUGCCUCACACCACCGCAUCGUCGAACCAUAUAUUCUCACUCCCCUCAGGCCUGUUCUGGACCAUCCGUCGGUCGCCCCUUACGUGCAGCGUGUCGAACCGUACCGCCAGAAGGUCAUCACCACUGGGGAAUUCGUUAUUGACCAGACGCGCACGCAAUGGAUCCGGCGUGUGAUUCCGCAGUGGAAUCAACGUGUUGUGCCGCAAUGGAAUAAGUUCGUUGUUCCCGAACUGAAGAAGCUUGAAGCCAAAGUCGAGCCCUACCGUUCCCAACUAGAGCGGGAGUACCACCGUGCUGUAGCUCCUCGUGUCCGGCUGGCUCAGUACAACCUCGAGCGGUGGUACAGGUCGUCGCAGCCGUAUAUUACUCUUGCAGCCCAGAAGGCUCAAACCGGCUACCAGGUCGCGAAGCCCUAUGCUAUACCUGCAUUGCAGCGGUCCAGGCAGGUGCUGCUUCGAGCCCUUGCCUUCCUACAGGAGCAACGGCGUCAGUUCGUCGAUCCCCAUGUGAUUACCUUGCUGGGUAAAGUCACAGAACUGAGCACGGGAAAGGCACAGCAGAUCAAGAGUCAAGUGUACACGGCCGUGUCUAGCGCACGGGAAGCUUCGUCAUCAUUGUCUUCUCGAGUUCAGACUGCCUCUUCAAGCGCGAGGGAGGCUGAGUCGUCGGUGACCUCUAAGGCGGCAACUGUCGCUUCUAGUGCCUCGGAGACCUUGUCCUCCGUCGCUUCAGCUGCACAAAGCACCGCAUCCUCUCUAGUGUCGGGUGUAUCCGCUGAAGUCGGUGUCGGUACUCCGUUAGCUUCUGCCCCUGCUACCAUAGUCGAGGCGGAGGUUCCUUCGAGCUAUUCUUCAGAUCCCUCGACUUCCUCUUGGUCUAGCGCGGCCGAGUCGGCAACUGAAACACUUUCCUCUGUCUCUUCAAUUAUUGCGACGCAUGCGGAGGAUGCAAGUUCCAGCGUCGCAUCCCUUGUUAAGGAAGCCACAUCCACCGUGGAAUCUCUAGUCACCGAAGUCACUGGUCCUUCCAAGACUCCCUCUUUCGUGGCCCCUCAGCCAACAUCCGCUCCAGGAGGUGAUGAUUUUGAGCUGAACGAGUUCAUCGACAUCCUCGGGGACUUGGACUCGGAUGAACCUGAGCCCUUCGAUACUGAUGACAUACUAGAUUCGAUGCCUACUCCCUCGGAAACCGCGGAGGAAAAAGAAGCCCGUCGGAAGCGCACGGCCGAAAAGCGCCGCGACAUCACUUCUAGGCACGCGAAAUGGGAAGAAGAACUCGAGGCAUUGAUCAAGGCGAAGAAAAAGGAGCUGCGUAAAUCACUCGUUGCUUUGAGGAAGGCGGCCGUCACGGAGCUGAAGGAGUCGAAGGAGAUCCAAGGUGAAGUGGAAGGCCUUGUGGAGGAGGCCGAGAAGUUCUUAAAGGGCGCUGAUGGGUACCUGAAGACGUUGAAGAAGGAGGACAGAAGUGUCCAGGACAAGGAAAGACUCUGGGGAAAGGUACUGGACCGUGUUGAGAAGCGGUUUGAGGAGAGGAUAGACAAGGUUGCGGGUCUUGUGAACGAAUGGCACGGGACCGUGCAGUACCGAGAGAUGCAGGAGGUGAAUGACGUUGCUGAAGCCGUGAAGGAUCUUGCCGAGAGAGCACAGGCUGAUAUCGGAAUGGACUACGCCUGGCUGGAUGACGUUGAUUACACGGACUGGGUUCGUUACCAUGACCUGAUGCGCGCGAGUGAAAACUUCACACAGCAAGCUCUGAUGAUCCAGAAUGGAACACAUCCUUCACCGCCGAUUAACCCUGUCCUGCCGGCACUGAAUGACCUGGAGGCAGAGAUCAAAGACAUCGUCACCGGGUUCCAAACGCGGGUACGUGGCCUCAAACGCUCCGGACAUCGCGCGUUCGGUGGGAGCAACGACGAGGAAGAUGCCGACAAACAGGAUUCCGAAGACAAGUCCGAUGCGCCCACAACGCCGCAGUCGCCGAUCCCAGACGCUUCCAUUCUCCCUGUUCCGGACCCGGAGAAGGAUACAGCGAUGGGAGCUGCACUGCCAGUGAUCGGUCGGUCUAAAGAAGAGGUGAUUGACGCUCUGGGUCGAGCUGCAGAAGCCCUAAAGUCCCAGGGGCAAGCAUCAUCUUCCACCAAGACGGCUUCCCAGGGUGUAACACCGGAAGAGGCAGUUGAGAGCCUUGUGCAAGACGUUGAGGCCGAGGCGGAGAAGGCGGCGCCAUCCGCGCACCAGGAGCUAUGAGAAAGUUAUAUCCAUGUUUGCACCUUAUAUGUUGAAUUCCGUCACAGGCAGGACUCGGCAAUGGCUAAUGUGCAGUACAGUCUAUUUUAUUGAUGUCAUGCGUAUGAAUGUGCACUCCCACGCGUCUAAUGUCUAAUUGCUUUUCUUGCU